UUCCUAAAUUAUCUAACACUCGCCCUACAUCCGGUUUCGAUUUUUUCGUAUCAGAUUAUAAAAGAUGUCGUUUUCCUUUAUGAUAAUCAGUCUUACGUUGAAGUGAGUGAAAUCAAUAGCAUUCAUAAUGAAACUCAUUCAUUUCUUUUUGUUUUCAGUGUUUGUUGGCGUCGCCUUCUGUAAGGAGUUGGAGUGUUUGGGUAAAGAAAUCCCUGCUUGUUUGCAGAAAAUAGAAGGAACAAAGGACAAAGAUGCAGAUCUAUGUUUGAAAGCAAAGGAAAUGACGGACUGUUUCGAGUCUUCAGCCAAGAUAUGUAAGGAUGAGGGACAGAAAGCAAUUAAAGAUUUAGUGACCGUCGUCAAGGAACUCUGCGAUGUAAACUCGCAGACCCAUAAAGAUUUCCAAAACUACGGAACAUGUUUACAGAAACCCGCUUUUAAGUUGAAAUUCACCCUGAAUUGUCUAGCAGAAUAUAAUGAAGAAAUGCAGAAUCUUGGAGAACCAGACGAGAGCAAUAUGGAAGAAUAUUCCAAGAAGGUGAUGAAAUUCAUUUGCCCGAAACGGGAAAACAUAGUAAAUUGCGGUUAUGGUCAGAUGAAAGCGGAAUGUGGGGAACCAGCUCAAAGACUCUUCAUGAAAAUCUUCAGUCCUAUUGACGAAUUAUUGAAGGAGUCAUGUGACAGCGCCAGCAUCCCCGGCAUCAGCAUGGCAUUGAUUUUUCUGCAGCUUUUAUUUACUUUCUUCUCAUCAAGAAGAGUUUUCUAACUGCAACUGGCCUUAACUAUAUUUAUUUUUGCUCCACUCUAGUCCAAAAUACCGCAUUAAACAUGACAAUAUUCGAAAGAAUGCAAAUUUUGUAGAAAUUGUUUAUUAAAUUAUUAUUAUUUCUA